AUUUUAAGUCUUUACUCUAUUCCUUUCGUCAUAUGGAGUGUUUCGCGUUUGUCCGCCAUAUUAAAUGAAAUCAAUAAAACAAGACAAAAUGUCGCCUUACUAAAGUGCGUUAAAGUAUCCAUUAACAUCCAGUUUUUGUGUGAUUAAAUCAUCAAUUAAAGUACAAUGGAGAAUUCCUACGGUGUGGGGGUUGAUAACAGAUACGCUCUUUUUUUGGACGAUGAGUCCGAUCCUCUUGAUGCCUUAAAAGCCCGAGAGCAAGCCAAGGAGCUUAAAAAGAAAACCAAAGAAGCAGAAAAGGAGAAUAAGGGUAAGCCUGAAAGCAAACCCAAAGGCGGUACUACCGGUGCCCGAAAAGGAAUCAAAGAAACACAAAACGUUAAAUCGCAGGAGACCAAGAAUGGCGAUCAUCAGAAAAGUAAGGGACCUUCGCGACCGAAUGAUCGUAAUUCGGAACGCCCGCCUCCACGGCGUCGCGAAGAUCGACCGCAGAAUGGUACGGUUGAUAACAAGGAAGGAGCGCCUAGACCCCCAAGGCGUGAAUUUAGCGACCGCAGGCCUAAUUUUGAGCGGCGCAACUUUGCGGACAAUCCGGAGGGGGCUGAACGCCGUGGCCAGAGACCUCCACGUGAGCCGCGUGAUCGUGACGGACAGCGCGGGCCGCGUCCAGGGUACGACAACCGUGGCAAGCGUGAAUUUGACAGGCGGUCUGGCUCCGAUAAAACUGGUGUCAAACCGGUGGACAAGCGUGAGGGUGGCGGCCCACAUAACUGGGGCACGUUCAAGGACGAAAUAGAGGACUUGAAUAAAACCGGCUCUGAGGGCGAGGUCGUCGAGGAGGCCAAGGUUGGCGAGGCUGCUGCCGCCGGCGACGGGCAGCAACCGGAGGCAGAGCGUGCCGCACCGGCCGAGGAAGAGCCGCGUGAGCUCACCCUGGACGAGUACAAGGCACUGCGCAGUGCUCAGCGCACUGCUCCACAGUAUAACUUGCGCAAGGCCGGCGAGGGUGAGGACCUCAGCCAGUGGAAAAAUUUGGUGAUGCUCGAGAAGAAGAAGGAGGGUGGUGAGGAUGACGACACCGAUGAGGAGUAUGACAUGGCAGAUUAUCCGCAGCGUGUUGGUCGCCAGAAGCGCGUGCUCGGUAUCGAGUUCACGUUCAACGACACGGCGCGACGUGGUGGUCCGGGACCUAGAGGCCGGGGCCGUGGACGCGGCCGGGGAGGCCGGGCCCCGCCGCGGGAGGACGCGCCGCCCGAGGAGCGCCCGCAGCCGCGCCAGCAGGCUGCGCCUCCUAAAGUUGACGACAGCAAGGAUUUCCCCUCUCUCGGAUAAACUCGCAGUGAGCAUAAGCUCAUUUUCUUUUCGUCAAUACGAUAGAAAUACAAAUAACAUAUUGUAUGUACCGUUAUUUUUGAAGUAAAUAUACAAAAUAUUUACACAAGUGUGUAUUAUAUUACAUUGAGUUUGUCAGUUUUGGCGUUGACUGUCUCGAAUCAGUUGAAUGAUAUAGUUUGCUUAGAAUAUCGUGACGAGAAAGUCGGCUCAUUAUACUCAUUUAUCCGCAGGAUAUAGUAGAGGGGGAGGAUAAUAUUAAGUUUUAAUUUUGAAUACACAGCUACAAAUAACACAUAUGACUAUCAUAAUAGUAGCUUUUCUCUUGUUGUAAUCGCAUCAGCUUAUAAUUUAACUGCGAAAAGUUGUAUGAAUAAGAUUUUAAACUUGCAGACUGUGACUUACUAUAAUGAAUUAACUCCGUCACAAGUUAGUGUAGAACAUUUUGUGAAAAUAACCCUUGUUGCAUUUUAUAUGAGUUUGUGUUGACAAAUGCAGACUUUGGGAACUGUAAAUAGUUAUAUAUGUUUAAAAGAUAAGGUCUUAACAAGGUUGAUUUUUGUUGUUACACAAACUUCUUGAAAAAUAAACAUUUUGUAUGUGUGA